AUGGCCUCCAAAAAUGCAUCAUCAUCAAGCUCCAAGUCACCGACGUCCCGUGCAUGCCUGUGUUCCCCUUCCACACACCCAGGCUCCUUCAGGUGCAACCUGCACAGGAAUUUCAACAAGCCACCCGGUCGGACAGUGGUGGUUCGCGUCUCACCAAAUCACUGGGAAUUAGCUGUCAUAGCCAAAGCAAAUUCCAUCAAGGCGAUUCUGCUCCAAAUAAUUAAGCCAUCCGGCCAUGACAUGCGAAGGAGGAGGAAUUUCCAGCCUAAGCCUUCCAGGUUUUGUUUAUUGAAUGGCAACACAAACGGGUUUGGGGUUGCAGUUUCCUGA